UUGAGGCUAUCAUUGAUGAGGUAUCCUGGAGAGUUUCAAGCUGCUUGUCUUGUUUCGAAUCAUGUUCUCCGAGGCUAUGUAUAGACUUGCAGCACUGUCUUCCUUGUAUUUUAAUGAAGUUUGGCGCCAGGCUCUUUGAGAUAACUUAUUAGUUGCUACUGAUUGUUCGGGCGGCGGCGGCGGCUGCGGUUGGCGGCGUGGAGGGCCUGGUGGUCUCGUCGGUGGCACCUCCGAUCAGAUCUGUUCUGACCGGUGCAGCCGGUGGUGGUGGUCAUCUCUUCCGUCAGAGGUGGUCGGCCUGAGGCUGGGUGUUCGGAUCUCGGGAUCCGUCAUCUGGCACCAGUUGCGAGUCGGGGAGACGUAGUUGCCGGUGAAAACCGAGCCGACGGCGGGCGAUGGCGGCGUUCCACGUCGUUACCUUGAUGAAGGCAUCGUCAUGUGACUUCCGUCGACCCACUCGUAUUGCUCCGGGGGAAACCCUAGGAUCUGGUGUUCCAGACCGGACGAUGGCGGCACUGCGGUGUCGUUUCUCUCUUGGAAGUCAGAGGCAGGAGGUGGAGCGGCUUCGUCUUGCACGGAGCUUCGGUGGAGAUGUCAAGUCAUGCCUGACCGACAGGUGCUACGCUUGGUCAUGCCUGGUCGGCAGGUGCUACGCACGACAGAUCCUCCAAGGGCUUCAAGCUGUGUCGGCUGGUAGUACGUGACAGCAUGGCGCUGAGGUGUAUCAGUGGCGAUCGUGACGUGUACAGCUGUUUGCGCGCAGGGAGGAGGUGCUGUUGGGCGCCGUGGUGGCGUCGACGAUAGCUGGACCGAGCAAGGUUGAUGCAUCAAUACAGUUCUGAAGAUAGAGCGGUGGCAGUUGGCGGCGGCGGCCUCUGAGAGCACGCCGGACCAGUGUGAGUCCCAGACCCGGCAAGUGGCUAGGUUGGGGUCUUAGGUCUUAGAUGUUAGGCUUGGCUGUGAUGUCUGUUUGGUAUUAGGCCCAGGCUAUCUGCGCCCCUUCAUCAACUGGAUAGGUGUAGCGACAGUUUGUUGCUUAGACGGCGGCUUUAGUCUUACUGUUGUAUGACUUUGUAAGGUCUUGUGAGAACAAUUAAUAAAGUGGCCGUAUGCAUCGCCCAGAUGCAGAGGCCGGGGGUCAUCCUCCUUUUCUAAAAAAAACUAAAAAAGAAACUAAAAUGGGUGCCACCUACCUGGCACCGCAAAGCUUCCGCUCAGGAGGCGCACCAAGGGUAUUAUCAUCAAACUGGUGUUUAUGCCCUCAACUAUUAGGAUGAAUAUUUGUUAUAUGUCCAAAAGCCCUCGCUCUUGGUAUGUGGCAAUGCAACAUGUCUGCAACAGGAUCAGAGACGAGGAUUGAGAGAAAUAUUAUACUCGGUCAUCCUUUUGUAUCAACUGUAAAGGUGAGAUCCCACUUUCACGGAAAGCUUUCUCUUAUCCUUUUGUAUAAACCUAUUCCCAGGUUGCCAAAUCCUUAUUUUAAUUGUAGAUAUUACAGUCGUCUAACUAUUUUCGGCUCAUCUAAUAUGUUGUCUUCAGACUGUAGCAUUUAUGGGCGAGCAAUAGCGGUGACAAGCACCAAUCACUGAUAGGUAUAUGCUCAUGUUUUAGUUGCAUGGAUAUGGUCUUCUCAAGCCUACUACACACGCGUGAUAUAACAGCCGACUCGGCAGAAGCACCCAGCUGGACUGGAUAACCACGGCGUGCGCGUGCUGGAGGCCUAGCAGAAGGAGCUGCACACGCGGUGUCUGCAUCUUCGGCCUCGCUGCACCCCAGAAUCGAGUCACAUCGUUGUGGGUUGCGCUUUCUUAACACUAUUUGUCUCAGGGUGUAUUCCAUGGUUCAGAAUACAUGUACUUUAUAAUUUACAAUGCCUGGUUUGGAUAAAAACUGUUCCUUAAGCCUGUCAGAGGUUAUUUGAUAGCACUAUCCCCAGCUGCUAAUUUAUGCCUACAUACCUGUAUCCAUUACCAUUAUUGAAUUCUGCACAAAAACUGGUUUGUUGGCUUGUUCACUGUCAUAAUGCUUCUGAUGUUUUAUGUUCAAUUAAAUAAAACAUACUCCCUCUGUAAACAAAUACAAGACGUUUAGUGACCUAAAAUGUUUUACAUUUAUUUACAGAGAUAGUAUACAUUGCUUAUUCAUUCCCUUUAAAUUUGGAUUACUUAUUACCCUCAACUAAUGAAUUGGUUCACUGAAUUAUGCUCUAGAUUAUAUGUACUACUACAUAUAACGCAUCUGAGGUCCUAUAAUGUACUCUGGCUGUUUCUUUCGUUAUCAAUUGUAAAUUCUAUUGCAAGUUCCUUACCUAUAUGUACAUGUUUGCAAGCAAUUAGAGAAGAAAGGGGGUGGAAGGGUCGCAUGUCAAUCUAGCACCGCACAAACUUCCUCUCAAGUGGCGCCACAGGUGGUGCCCCAACCCCUAGUCAAUCAAUAAACCAGCAGCAGAAACGCAGGCGAAGAAAUUGCCCGAGGUAGAUAGUGUCUCUCUCGCCUGUACGAAACCAUGGCCGCGCUGCUCACCUCCUUUUCACCGGCGUUUUCCUGCCCCGCAUCCUCGAGCAAGAGGCCAGUUAUCACCACCUCGUCCUUCAUCUUGCCAGUCGGUCGUGAGCACAACUUCCCGGCCCUGAAGACGGCUGCUGCCCGCCCGCGCCUUGCGCUCGCCUGGGCUCAGAACGGCGACGCGCGGCCGCGGGCCAGACAGCCACCGCUCGCCGGCGACCACUUCCACGACGAGAUGGAGCGAAUCACGCAGCUCUACCUCGACAUCAUCUCCAGCGACAGCGACUUCCUCUACGCCGAGGCUACGGCGAUGUCGGCGCGGGUCUGCCUCUCUGCCAACAAGGCCCUCAUCAUGGCGUCCUGCGUGGUGGACAGCGCGCGACUCAACCUCAGCGCGCCCAGCGAGAUCUCCGCCGAGACCAUCCACGGGACCGUCCGCACGUACGCGGCCGUCUUCUCCGCCGCCGCUGACGACUCUUACAAGAAGACGGUCAACAGGAACACGGUGGCCUCGUUCCUCGGCGCCCUGAGAGGUCUGGCCGCCGUGAGUCACAUCCUGCUCCAGGGCGCCCUCGAGUCCCUCUGCCACGGGCACCCGAGGGUCGCCCUGUCCGAGUACGCUUUCAACUCCGACGUGGAGAACAUGUACCGCGAGUUCGUGCAGGGGAUGCGCGAUGUGGAGGAUGAGAUACGGAGCGCUAGCGCUGUGAAGACGUGCAGGCUGGUGGUGCUGGUGAUCCUUGCCAGCACGGAGCUCACGGGGUCCUUCGUGGGACUUAUGCUGGAUCGGCGUAGGAGGGCGCUGGAGAAGGCGCGUAGCGAAUCGGCGGUAGUAUGACUUUUAUGAGUCGUUUCGCUCUAAUGUACUAGUAGCUGUAGGCUGUAGCCGUUCCAAGAGAAAAAAAGUGUUGUUUUUUAUUAAGCACCUUGUCGAAAUAGGUUCCUAAGAAUUAAAACCAUUUCACUAUUCAGUGUUGCCUAGCAAUAGAGUGACACUUGCAUAGCAAUCCUAUUCAAAUUGCAGAAGGUAA